AUGUCGAGUGAGACAACGGAGAGUGCAAAAGUGGAGGCCGCCGGAGAGCGCAAUGGCCCGGCGCCGGACAAAACGCGACGAUUACUCGAAGAAGAGUUUAACAUACAACGUGCGAAAAUGAAAGAAUUGUUUUUACAAAAAGAAGAUGACAUGCGCAAGAUGCUGCAAGAGAAAGAACAGCUGGAAUCAGAGAUCUUAGGUCUGAGGGCUGAAUGCCAACAGCUGCAGACCCUCAAUGAGAAUCAAAAAUCUGAAAUGCAGAAUUUGCAGUUGCUUGUCAGUGAAACAGUAGAGGCGUUGUCAUCAGGGACAGAAGAGGUCCGGCGGUUGCGCGCCAGGAACAUGGAGUUGGAACAACAUCUGAAUCAGUUGAGACAACAGCAGCAGGAGGUAUCGUUGGCGCCGGCCACCUUUGUACGCACGCUUGCAAGAAAACUCGGAGCCGAGGCGGAGGAACAGCCACAACCUAGGAAGAACGUUGAAGACAAUGAACUCCUACGGUCCAUCAUUGAGCCCCUCGAAAUGGAAAUUGCAGCUCUCAAGAACAAACUGCGCGAAACCGAUGCUCAACUACAGGACGCACUUGCGAAAGCGAAAGCCUCAAACGCUGCCCCCAGCGGAGACACGAAGCAGGAACCGGAGCACGUGGCCCGGCAAUGCGACAUGUGUGCCAACUACGAGAAGCAGCUCGUGUCGGAGCAGGCUAAGGCUGACGCUUCCAAAGACCGCGCCUCCACACUUGAACUGGCACUCAAACAGGCUACAGAGGAAUUGGAGGGCGUGCGAUCUUUGCAUGACGAGACGGUGCGGUCCUGGCACACGGAACGGGCUGCCAGCGGACAGCAGCUGCAAGAGUUGCAGGCCGCUGUGGAGCAGCUGCGGCAAGUGCUGCAGCAGCGUGCAGCGGCUGCAGACCAGGCCUCGCAGCGCGCUCUGCUCACCGUUACUGAGCUCACGGUAGAGCGAGAGACGUUGCACAAGAAACUCGACAGUUUAGAGCGAGACAACGCGAUGCUGAUCGGACAGUACACGAAGAAAGCGGCCGAAAUGCAGAACGAAGUUAUCGAUCUCCCUGACAAUGUGGAAGAGCUCCAAGAGCACAUGCUCCGUCUGAGAGAGCAGCUCAUCUUCUGCCAAAUCGGAAGAGAGGAGGCUGUGGAGUCAGAGCGGGAGCUUCGGACCCAGCUGCUGGAGCAGGGCGCCCUGUUCCAUCAGCAAGAGGCACAGCUCAGCGAUCUCAGACAACGACUCAGCGAAGCUGGCCAAGAGGUAGACCGGUUGCAAACAGAACACGAGCAGAUGAAAGAGUUGGGAGAUAAACUGCGUCACUCCAACGACAUGAUCGAACAACUCCUGGAGGACAAGAAACGGCUCCAGGGCGAGGUGCACGAGGUGCGGAACAGGGUGUCUGUGCUGCAGCAGGAACUUGAUAACAGCGAGAAGGUUCAACAGGACUUUGUGAGACUCUCGCAGUCGCUACAGGUGCAACUGCAACGUAUCCGUGAGGCGGACACGGAAGUGCGGUGGCAACACGCGGACGACGUGCACGACUGCCCAUCCUGCCACACACACCUACCUAACAUUAAGAAAAAGGUGCACUGCCGUCACUGCGGGCGCAUAUUCUGCGGCGCGUGCGUGUCGCACGUGGUGGAGUCCGGCCCGCGCCGCGCGCCCUCGCGCGUCUGCUCCGUGUGCCGCACGCUGCUGCAGCCGGACGCCGCGCCCUACUUCAGCACCGACCCGCCGCGCUCGCCCGACUAG